AUGUCAGCCCCCAUUGAUCUCACCUUAUCACCCGAAGUCGUCGAUCUAAGCCAAUGGAUUGGCGUUGGCAAGCUCUAUAAGAACAUCCCGGACACUAUAUCUCAAGAGCUCAAGGCUAGGACAUCACUGUCUGACGUAUCUCGAGCUAUGCUUCCCUCCCACAAUUCCACUAUUGCUGAACUUCUUGCUACCCAGUUACCACCUCUAACAACGACUCUCUUCUUUCCUAACCCACAGGAUUCAUUCUCGGACGUCCCCCCAAACACACCACUAUCAUAUUUGCUCUCUACCGAUCGUGCACUCCCCCCUCGAGAGUUUCUGACGCAUCUACGAGCGGCUGCGGGUCAGGCAAUGCUCGACGGAUGUAUCUCAAUUAAAUAUUGGGGUGCACCCAACGUUUACCUUCCAUUCGAAGUCUGCGGAUUUUGGUACGAGCUAAUCACCACGGUAGAAGCUAAAUCAGGCUGGAACUCGGCGCUGAGAUGGGCAAACAAAGCCCUCCUUCCAAACGGAGCCUCUUGCCAUGCUCGCAUCACCGCAAUAACUCGAUCCAUCUCAUGGAGCGGUUUAAUCUCUAAACUUGGACGUUCUGCUCAUGUUUCGCAUAUGGCGGAGCUUCUCUCGACCUCUUGGCUCUCCUCGUCUCAUAUCGAUGCCAUGCUACUGCGUCUUCGUGCUAGAUACCGCGACGAAGUAGGCUUCAAGUCUGAGAAACAAAUCACAUUGAUUCCGACUUUGAUAUUCACUAGUCGCCUUCAUUCGCUUGGAUUAGAGCCUGGCCCCGUCGACCAGCUUCUGUGCAGCUCGGCACUCUCAGAUAUUGGGAAUUUCGUCGCGACUUCUCAGCAGAACCUGCUCAUCGCUACAGUCGCGUACUGGCCCGAACACCAUUGGGGAUUCCUGAUGAUUACUAUCUCAGGUGGUCGUGUACAAGCGAGAUGGGGUGAUGGUAUGAAGAAAAAGGUUCCCCGGGCGCUGGAGAAAGGGAUUAGAUUGUGGAGCAAACAUUACAUGCCGCAGCGUUUUGUCAGUGUCGACAGUCACUUCCCCUGCGCAUCGCAGCAUGAUUCCUACUCUUGUGGGAUUGUCGCCGUGAAUGCGCUCAAGCACGAAAUCUUUGGCGACCCUUAUUGGACAAAGAAGACGAGAGAGCAGUGUCGUGUCGACGAAUUCUUGUCGUGCAUGGAGUUCUGCAUGGACAUAAAUACUGUCGAUGCGCCGUUAAUUCCACCGUUGUCACUCCUACCAGUAACUGGACAAUCAGCGACCACCCCUGUUUCUCCCCCGCACCCUGUAUCGACCCCUAUUAGCCCCCCUCGCCCUCCCACUAAACGUCGCAAUAGCAAUUCAAUUAUGCUAUCCGCCCCUGUUAGCCCUUCUCGUAUCACAGUUAAACGUCCUCGUCGAGGCAGCCAAUUGAACCUGAAUGUGAUCGUGGUACCAAACCUCGCUAGGCGCGAUCCCUUGCCUGAAGACGAUACCUCUAUCCUUCCGAUGGACGAUCAGCCUGACGCAGCACCACUGAAGGAAAUAAAGAUCCGUAAAUCGAAGUCUAUGGUGUCGAAGGAGCAGAACAAUAAGCUGGCAGCGAGUGGCUUGCUUGUCAAAAGCACUCAACGCUGGAACAACUACGUUGCAAAGCUUCGACAGCUGGAUGCACACGUUGAGGUCUACGACGAGAGCCCGGAACAUAUUCGCCUGGCAUGCUGCUCGUCGUGCGCAAAGAUCGUCAAGCAAUCGGAGCCAUAUAAUACGUAUCGAUUCAAACAACAUCUUUCCAGGUGUAAGGCGAAGGGCAGCCGCCUUCACAUCCAAUCCAUCAAUGGCUUCUUCAAGUUCAACCUUGACCGCUCAGCAUCCGUGCCAAAAGUGGACAACUUCGUUGAGCGACCUUGUCCUGGGCUUACCGAGGCAAACGACAGUCGUAUUCCCAUCUACACCUCUCGUACUGAGGUUCGGUACGCUGGAGGGACAAGUCGACCGUUAUUAGCAUCCCAACACUUUGGCAAGACGGUCCCAUCCCUAUCUAAACAAGAGAAAGACGAGCUAGACCUCCACUAUCGUUCCAGCUGCGAGUGGGAACUGGAUCACGACGAAGCACGAGUAUUCUCUUGCAAAUGCCUCAAGCUGGUACAAUGCAAGAGCGACACUAAUGAACUACAAGCCUGUGCAGAAUGCCUGUGCAUUCUCAAACUGCAUAAGUUCCUGGUGGCGAUCGCAAAGCCAGUGACACCCGACGAUACGAGGAAAUAUAUACCAUUUCGCUACCAAAGCAUCGUAACAGGGAAGAUGUACGCUAAGAAUAAGGGACUGGGCAGGUUUGUUAAAGAUACUAUACGCAAAAAAGGCGACGUUCUCCUCAACUUCACCGUGGCACUGGCCUCAGGAGUGUUUGAUGGUAACCCUUCAUUCAUUGAACUCCUCAAAGUGAUGUUUGCGCGCCAUGAACGUCAGGCCAGAGGCCAUGGAUUACAAAAUAUGCGGUACGCGGCAGACUUCAAUCAAUUCUGCCACGAACUCCAAUGCAUCCGCCCAGAGGCGUAUCGACUCUUCUCAUCGACAUUUGGUGGUCGAACGGAGCAGAGCAUGCUCAAAAUUCGCUCAUCCCAUCCGAAACUGACACUUGGCAUUAGCACAGCUACGCUCGACCGUGUGACGAAGUAUCUCGAGGAUUACAAGUACCCAUCUACUGCCCCACUUGCUUGCGGGGUCGACGACACUAAGCUCCACCCCUCCCUACGCCCAUACUACAACAGUUCAAGCAAGACUUGGUUCCUCCUUGGUGCAACAGGAGAGCCAAUAGUAGUCGCUGAUAUCGAGCAGCUGGACGAACUCAUUAAACAUGCGUCAGGCUCUCUGGCCAAAAAGGUCCGCUUAUGGUCUCUCUGGAUCCCUCUCCCCGACAUUCCACCUCUUAUUAUGGCAAUAAUGGCAAUAUCGGAGAGCAACACGGCCAAUUAUCUCGCAGAGAUAGAAAAGCGGCUUCUCAAGCUGCUUCUCAUCGACACCUCUCCUCCUGUCAACAUUAUCUCUCUUGGAUCAGAUGGUACGAUCGUCGAGCGCAAGGCUCGUAGAAUUCUAGUUCAAUCGGGCUUUGCUGCAGUUGAGUAUGCUCACAUCUCGCACCCAAAUCCAGCAGAGCAGAGGCCCUUGAAGAUCGAACUCCUUCGCAUCGGGACACGUCGCCUUGCCAUCAUCCAAGACUCAAAGCACUUCAGAAAGACCUGUCGCAAUAAUCUAUUUACUGGCGCCAAGCAGAUGGUACUAGGAAGGGAGCUAAUCUACUACGAGCAGGUACGAUCUAUGGCAUAUAAUCAAGAUCGCUCUCCACUUUAUAUCCGCGACGUCGACAAGCUAGACCGCCAGGACGAUCGUGCGGCAGCUAGACUCUUCUCAGCGGCAAGUAUCCAGCACGCCAUUGAAUGCGGCCAUUCUGGUCUGGCAAUCUUUCUAUUUAUUUUCGGAGAAGCCUGUGAUGCAUACCAAAGCCGAACAAUAUCCCACACGCAGCGCAUCCACAUGGUUCUCCUCGCCUUCUUCUUCAAGUUGAUUUGGAAACAGUUUCUUACAGAGAACAGAUACCCCAUUGCUCGCCACUUUCUCUCGCAAGAUGCCGACAAUAUCCUCGAUAUUCUGGUAAACGGACUCCUCGCUUUAAUCAUCAUCCACCGCGAUCACCUCGAUCCAUUCCCAUUACUGCCUUGGACGCAUGGUACUGAGGUAAAUGAACAUAUAUUCGGCCUUCUUCGCAGCACAUUACCAGAGUUCACAAUCGUCGAUGCCCUCCAAAUGAUUCCUAAACUCGACGUACGCCUACUAGCGGCCUGCAGGCGCAAGAUCGACGCAGCAAGUCUUCAACGAGGCGGCGCUGGGUAUGCUCACACCCAUUUCGAUAGCAGUGGAGCUGCUCUAGACACCCUUUCGUACUUUCCACCACAAGAAGUCAUCGAACAAGUGGCUCAUCUGGCAUGGACGGAAGCCAACGCGAUCUGGGAAGUAUUAGGCGAUUUCACAAGCUCGUCAAUGACACCGUCUGCCUCACAUGUCCCUGUUGCCACCGCCAAUCUCGAUCUCGGUGUAGACGUAGACGAUCUGGACGAACUGGAUCCACAGGAGGAGUCAGCGAUGGAUGUACCAUCUGAUCGCGAACUCCUAGAUGAAGCGUUACACAUCGCCUCCUUCGUGACCUUGCCACCGUCAGAACGUCCAGACCUACCUGGGGGUGCCAUUGAGAUGAUCAACGAGUGCGGACUAGCUGCAGCGGCACUCAACAUGCGAGAUAUUGGAUAUCUUGAUCGCCUUCCAGAUGACGAUCCAGAGGCACUGGAAGUAAUCCAAGCUGCGCUGAAGCCCAUCCUAGAAGCGAUCUCAGCUCUAGGUCCCGUAGGUGAGGCCGCCGUCAAGAAACUUAUAGAUGAAGCGGCAGCUCCUCCAUCUGCACACACGAUCAUCGAAGAAGAAGACUCAAGUUCAAUUCUUUCCCGCAUAUCGCAGUACGACAUCAGCAUACUUGUGGACGAACGACGAGUGCAUCAAAGCAAGGAGACAAGCGAUGCAUGCCGGCCGCUGAAGCAAUCCCCUACCCCUGCCAAAGGAGCUCCUAAACCACACAUUCCCGCCCAAAUUCCAUUCAUCGUCAAACAGUCCCCUCGCCAAUUGCUCACAAGGAAGAUACACGAAGUCCUGAGGCUCUCUGGUGUCAAUAUCAAAGGAGAAACAUCCGGACUGGCACGACAAGUACGAUGGACGAAACAAGUGAAUGUGAUGUCAUUGGCGGACAAGGAGACCUCUGGGAACUCAGCAAACGCAAAGAGGGCAGCGACCUCCCGUGCUAAUGCUGCAAUAAAAUCCCGCCAGGCGAUCUUCGCAGCACUCCCACAUGCGGAGUCACUAGCAACCGCGAAUAUCAACUCGCUGUUUGAGCUCGUAAACGGUGUCUACUCAAUUGUACUCUACGAGAAGAAGCUGAUGAUUGGGCGGGUUAUUACAUUCUAUGAACAGGGGGGGGAAAAGGCUAGUAAACACUCUUGGGUGUCGAACACCGCAUCAGUCGGCACGAUUUCGUGGAUUUCGAUGCAGCUUUGGACGCCCCUUUCCUCCCCAAACUCAUUCAAAUCUUUGACUCAAGCUGGCCUUCCAAAGUACAGACUUGUGCACUCGAAGGCGUUUCUAUAUGCACUCAUGGCGAAGACAAUCACUUUACGGGAGGAUAGCUCGAUAAAACUCGACGUUACAAUCUUCAACUCGGUAUUUCGGCCCCUGAAUAUGCGGGAGGGGCUCGUCUCACAGGCUGUAAAGACUCUGAUGGGGAGAAAGCAUACAGAGGAGCUAGAUAAUAGCGAGAACUAG